AUGGGGCCCCUGCCUCUCCACCCCUACCCCGUCCUCCUCUUCCUGCUCCUGACCUCCGGCCUGCUCCUGCUGCCGCAGCCCUGCGCCUCCUCCCAGUCCCGGGCGGUGGAGCGGGCCUCGGGCACGCAGCAGCCCCACACCCCCUCCACCAACACCACCCCCCCCAAGAAGUGUGCCGACAAGGUGGUGUGCCAUCCCGGCAUCCUGCUGCCGGUGUGGCUGCCCUUGGACCCGCCGAUCGGCGAGCAGGCGGGCCGGGCGGUUUUGUACUUCAGCUGCCUGCUCUACAUGUUCCUGGGGGUGUCCAUCAUCGCAGACCGCUUCAUGGCCUCCAUCGAGGUCAUCACCUCCCAGGAGAAAGAGGUGACCAUCACUAAACCCAACGGUGAAGUCCAAGUCACCACAGUACGCAUCUGGAACGAGACGGUGUCCAACCUCACCCUCAUGGCCCUGGGCUCCUCUGCCCCUGAGAUCCUUCUGUCUGUCAUAGAGGUGUGCGGCCACAACUUCAACGCCGGGGAGCUGGGUCCGAGCACCAUCGUGGGCAGCGCGGCGUUCAACAUGUUUGUGAUCCUCGGCGUGUGCGUGUUGGUCAUCCCGGAUGGGGAGUCGCGGAAGAUCAAGCACCUACGGGUGUUCUUCAUCACGGCCUUCUGGAGCAUCUUCGCCUACAUCUGGCUCUACCUCAUCCUGGCUGUCAUCUCCCCUGGGAUUGUGGAGGUGUGGGAGGCCGUGGUGACCCUGCUCUACUUCCCCGUGUGCGUGGUCCUGGCCUGGAUCGCCGACCGCCGCCUGCUGUUCUACAAGUACAUGAACAGGCGUUACCGCGCCGACAAGAGGCACGGCAUCGUGGUGCAGAUGGAGGGCGACGCCGAGCCCAACGGCAUCGACGUGGUAAUGGACGGAAAGUUCCCCGACGGAGGCGCUGGCGCUGGGAACUGCUCGAGCGUGUCCGUCUCCGUGCAGGCGGCCGGCGAGGAGGACGCCAACCGCGAGGAGGUGGUGCGCAUCCUGAAGGAGCUGAAGGAGAAGCAUCCCGACAAGGACCUGGAGCAGCUGAUCGAGAUGGCCAACUACUCGGCGCUGCUGCAGCAGAAGAAGAGCCGGGCCUUCCGCCGCAUCCAGGCCACGCGGCUGAUGAUCGGCGCGGGCAGCGUGCUCUGGAAGCACGUGCGCCACCGGCAGGCGGCGGCGGGCGGCGGCGACGGUGCCUCGUGCGCCAUCGUCUUCUUCGAGCGGGCCCAGUACCAAUGCACGGAGAACUGCGGCGCCACCAGUCUGGCGGUGGUGUGCCAGGGCGGCACGGGCCAGGACACCUUCCAGGUGGACUACUGCACCGAGAACGGCUCGGCCAACGCCGGGGCCGACUACGAGCUGGCCAAGGGCACGCUGGUGUUCAAGCCGGGGGAGACACGCAAGGAGAUUAAGGUAGGCAUCCUGGACGACGACGUGUUUGAGGAGGACGAGCACUUCUUUGUGCGUCUGCAGAACCUGAGGCUAGAGGACGGCAGCGUGAGCACACCGCCCAAGGGCCGGCUGGUGGAGCCCACGCUGGCCACGGUGACCAUCAUCGACGACGACCACGCCGGCAUCUUCACCUUCGGCCAGAGGAUGCUGCGGGUGAGCGAGAGCUCGGGCGUGGUGGCCGUGAAGGUGGUCAGGAACUCGGGCUCCAGGGGCACGGUGUGCGUGCCCUACCGCACCGAGGACGGCACGGCGCGCUCGGGCGUGGACUACGAGUCGGCCCAGGGCGAGCUGGAGUUCACCAACGAGCAGACCAGUCAGAUCAUCCAGGUACGCAUCAUUAAUGUGGCAGAAUAUGAGAAGCAGGAGACCUUCUCUGUGAUCCUGGAGGACCCCAAAUGGCUAAAAAGAGGAAUCUCAGGCAACCCCAGCCCUGAGGAGGAGGAUGCACGGAGGAUCGCUGAGAUGGGGAAACCCAUCCUGGGAGAGCACAGGCGACUUGAGGUCGUCAUAGAGGAGAACUGUAACUUUAAGAGCACUGUGGACAAGCUGCUUAAGGACACUAACCUGGCCACUGUGAUCGGCACCAACUCCUGGAAGGAACAGUUCAUUGAGGCGGUUACAGUCACUGGAGGCGAGGGGGAGGACGGAGAGGAACAGCGGAUGCCCAACUGCUUCGACUACUUCUUGCACAUAAUGACGAUUUUCUGGAAGAUUCUGUUUGCCUUCGUCCCCCCCACCGCCUACUGGAACGGCUGGGCCUGCUUCGUCAUAUCCAUCAUGGUCAUCGGCUUCCUGACGGCCAUCAUCGGAGACCUGGCCUCCCACUUUGGCUGCACUGUGGGCCUGAGGGACACGGUCACGGCCGUGGUGUUUGUGGCUCUGGGGACCUCCAUCCCUGAUACGUUUGCCAGCAAAGUAGCGGCGACCCAGGACCCCUACGCCGACGCCUCCAUCGGCAACGUGACGGGCAGCAACGCGGUCAACGUGUUCCUGGGGAUCGGCCUGGCCUGGUCCGUGGCCGCCAUCUACUGGGAGGUGAAGGGCCUGAAGUUCCACGUGGACCCCGGCUCGCUGGCCUUCUCCGUCACGCUCUUCACCAUCUUCGCCUUCCUCAUCAUCGCCGUGCUGAUGAUACGCCGGCGGCCGUCCAUAGGGGGCGAGCUGGGGGGCUCCAAGUGCGGCAAGACGCUAACGGCCCUCUUUUUCUUUGGCCUUUGGUUCCUCUACAUCCUAUUCUCCAGCCUGGAGGCCUACUGCCAUAUAACGGCUUUCUGAGGGACCGCAGAUAGAACCGGGCACAAGGCGACGAUAAACGCAAAACCCAGAGAUAUCGUUGAGAGAUAUCGUUGAUGCUGCGGUAAAACAAGGUCAAGUGCUACACAGCGAUGGGAGCUGCUUGACAACCACUGCCAUGAACUUUGAAAAAGAAAUGUCUCAAGGACACCCGCACACACCCUCGCAGAGAUUCACACAUACAGAUACACAAUCAACCAUGCAUAUGGACAACCAUAUUUGCAAGUUUCCUCCACACUAGUACUGGUGCGAUUAACAGAGGUGCUCGCUGUAGGAAAGGAAAUGACUUGCAGUGAUGAUCAUGGUUGGACUCAGCCGGGACUGCAUUCGCUAGGUCACUAAGAUUUGAGUUGACACAAAUAUGAAAUAUCUCAUUAUAAAGAAAACAAGGCUUUUUUUUGCCAUGACCAAAGGACCACUCAACAGAAGACGACUGCCCACAAUAGCUGUGGCAGGUUUUUCUUCUAACAUAAACCCCAUGGACUGAAAAGAGUUGACAGUGUGGAAGAAAGCUGCCCUAGGUUAUUCUGAAGCCUUGUUUUGACUGAUCAGAUGUCACAUUAUCCUGUUCGUUAUGCAUCGUGUCUUGGUAGCACCCAUGCUGCUAAAAUUCACCCAAUCCAAGUGGUGAUUAUUUGUACUGGUCAUCAGUGCACAGUGUUGCUGGAAUGGCACAAUUUCAAUCAUUCGUCUAAUCUAAUUUAUUUAUAAUUUAAUCAGUUGCAGCAUGGGUAUAUAUUUAUAUGCAUAAUACUUGCCAUUUAGAGUGAUUGUGUGAAAAGAGAUGAUUCGUUCACUCACUAAGUGUAAUCUGAUUAUUUAUUAAUUGAAUGUCUUUAUAAUGUAUAUGAGCUGAUAUGAAAAAAACACUAUAUUGUCGUAUUAUUACUCGGGGUCUGCAUGAUGGGGUCUGCAUGAUGGGGUCUUCAUGAUGGAACAAUGUGUCUGACUCUGCACAAGUGUGUACAUUCAUAUAUUUUGAAGGUACUAAAGCAAUGAGCCUUACUGUACAGGACACGUGUGUUAGUCAUUUUAUGCUCAUAUUAUUCUAUAAGGAAAUACAGUGAUGGACCUGCUAUGCACGCCAAUAACAUUUUUUUUGAGGAAGUCAUUGGCUUUGAUGCCUUGCCCAUUGACACACAGAUCAUACCCAAAACCUUGUAUUGACCGGAUGACAAGACAUUUAAGACUAAGUGCCCACUGCCCAAGAUCACAGAAGCCUUUCAAAAAAUGAUUUGUAGUCAUAAAAAAAUGUAACAAAUGGUAAUAAAUUCAUGCUCACUUCGUUGAAUCAAUAAAAAUUAAAAAAGGCAACAGUAAAACAAAA